UCGGCCAUGCGGAAGAUACCCGUCGGUUCUCCCGGCGCACUUGGACUGUGCGAUAUGCAUCAUACUGUGUGUGUGUAUGUGUUUCGAGUUUGGAAUCGGCCAAAUUUACGCAUGAGUGCGCUUGAUUUGUGUCUGGUGGUGUAGAGGUGGUGGCGGUGGGAGUUGGUUGGGCGUGGUCCCUGGGGUUGGGUUUCGGGGGCGGGCCUGGUGAUUCUGCGUCGAUCGAGCUGUUUGGGGUUGGAGCGAUGGCGGGGACUGGAAAGGACGACGGUGAGGGGGGCGUGUUUGGAGGGCCUGGAGGUUUGCACCUGCUGGACACGACCGGCGCCGACAAGUCUGUAUGGCUGCUGAAAGUGCCUCCCCUGGUCGGGCACCAGUGGUUGAAGCAGCAGGAUGGCGCACCCGUCCUGGCGAAGGUGACCAUGUCCAUGGAUCCUCUGAACCCUAACUCGGACAGCGUGGAGUUCAUGAUGACCCUGCCGGAGAAAGACCUGGUGGCUCCGCACAAGUCCUACAAUCUGAACGUGACGAAGGAUCUAGUGCCCAUGCAUAUAUUUUCUGAGACGACUCAAGGGAAACUGAAGGUGGAGGGCAAGGUGGAGCACAAAUUCGACAUGAAGCCGUCGAACAUCGGGAACAAUGAUGAGUAUCGUAAGCUGUGCAGGGAUCGGCUGAACAAGUCGAUGGUGAAAACGAGGACGACACAGGUGCUAUCGAACGAUCGCGGAGGGUUUAUGAGGCCGCCUCCCAUCGAUGCUUGGCCGACAUCGACGUUCACUGGAAAGGACAGCAAGAAGAAGGCACCGAUAAGCAGCGCCGUGAAGGCUCCGGAAGGGAAAAGAAUCCGGAGGGAUAGAGUGGAGCUGGAAGCGAUCGUGUUCAAGCUUUUCGAGCAGCGACCUAACUGGGCGCUGAAGCAUCUGGUGGAGGAAACGGACCAGCCUGUGGCGUUUCUGAAAGAAAUACUGAAUGACCUGUGCAUCUACAACAAAAGAGGCGCGAAUCAAGGGACGUAUGAGCUGAAGCCAGAGUACAACGAGGAGACUUGGACGGCCCCGAUGACGUGUUCGCAGAAGCAGCAGCAGGGUAGAAGUGGUGAGAGUGUAAAUCGAGGGACGGAGGUUGACAGUUACAGAAGUUCCCAGAAGCGGGACGAGGGUGUGUGGGAUUUCCGUCCGAUAUGUGAUGUUGUAUGUGAGAACGCGGAGACGGUGCAUGUUGGAGUGGAGGUCGCGCGGGGGUGGGGGGGCAAUAUGGGAGCAAUCUGUGAGAGUAGGGACGCAGUGAUGUUGGCUGUUAUGAAUGCAAGACGAAGACGAGAUGAAGGGUGCGGUAAUGGUCAUUUGGAAGUUGAUGGACGAAGGGGAGACGUGGCGUUGUGCGAUUUCGGUCCACGGCGGAACAUUGAUGUUGUUGUUGUGGUGGUUGUGGGGAUUGGUUUUGUGAUAUGGAUGAGAGAAUGGACGAUAUGA